GAAUCAAAUAGCUGCUCAUCUAAUCUCUCAAAGUGAGGGGGGGUGGGGGCUCGUGCAUUUGGUUCAGCUGCAUGAAAAAAAAAAGAAGGAGCGGGCUAGUCAUCCACCUAGUGCUUUCUUCACAGACGCCUACAUGAUAAUCCCAAUCUGUGGCCAUUAGUGCACCGAGAGAUCGAGCAAGGAGAGAGUUCAGCAGAGAGGGGGAGCGAGAGAGGGAGAGGGGGGAGUGCCUGGACAGAGAUGCACACAGAGGAAAAAGACAGACAGAGAGAGAGGGAGCUUUUAAGGGAUUUGGUGGUGAUUUCUAGAAUCUCACUGCUGUAAUGUUUUGCUUUUUCCUCCACUUUUCUCGUGACACUUCACCCUGAAGAGAUUUCAUUUCCGUUCUUCUUCUUUAACCAUUGUUUUUGUUCUGUUCUGAGUGCACGCAGCUGUCUGAGAUGAUAAAGGAUUUACUUUUGGCGGUGAGAGGAGAGCCUUGCCUCUAGAUAUUUAUAUAUAUAAUCACAUUUAGGACCAUGGAUGGGAGGCCUGUUGGGAAAACCCAUGUGAUGGAUACAAUCAAGAGCGGUCGAUGAAGAAUGGGCAGGUGUCAAAGGUAGAGGGAGUGGCCCGGUGCUGUCAGUCCAUCUGUCGGUCAUCAUCAUGACAUCAGAGGCCCGCUCGUCCCAUUGGCUCUGCUGGCUCACCUCACCUUCCAGGUACCGAACAUGCCUUCAGCUGAUCUGGGUGCUGCUGGUGGGGUUCAGCCCGGGUUCGUGGGCCCAGCAGGGCAACCAGCCCGGGUCCAUCAAAAUCGAGGGCGACAUCAAAUUGGGCGGGCUGUUCCCCAUGCACUCUCGGGGCCCUGCCGGUGUGCCCUGCGGGGAGAUCAAGAGAGAGAAGGGGAUCCACAGAUUGGAGGCCAUGCUGUACGCCUUGGACCAGAUCAACAGCGACCCGGACCUCCUGCCUAACAUCACUCUGGGGGCCCGGAUCCUGGACACCUGCUCCAGAGACACCUACGCCCUGGAGCAGUCGCUCACCUUCGUCCAGGCCCUCAUCCAGAAGGACAACUCAGACGUGCGAUGUUCCAACGGAGAGCCGCCCAUCAUCCCCAAACCGGAGAGGGUGGCCGGGGUGAUCGGGGCGUCGGGCAGUUCCGUGUCCAUCAUGGUGGCCAACGUGCUCAGACUGUUUGCGAUUCCCCAGAUCAGCUACGCCUCCACGGCCCCCGAGCUGAGCGACAAAAGCCGCUACGAGUUCUUCUCCCGUGUGGUGCCUCCGGACUCCUACCAGGCCCAGGCCAUGUUGGACAUAGUGAAAGCCAUGGGCUGGAACUACGUCUCCACGCUGGCCUCGGAGGGAAACUACGGAGAGAGCGGCGUCGACGCCUUCCUCCAAAUAUCCAGAGAAGCAGGGGGGAUCUGUAUUGCACAGUCCAUAAAGAUUCCCAGAGAGCCCAGACCGGGGGAGUUCGAGAAGAUCAUCAAGAGACUGAUGGAGACCUCCAACGCUCGCGGGGUCAUCAUCUUCGCCAGCGAGGACGACAUCAAACGGGUGCUGCAGACGGCCAAAUCGGCCAACCUGACGGGCCACUUCCUGUUUGUUGGCUCCGACAGUUGGGGAGCCAAAAGUUCCCCGAUCCAGGACCAGGAGGAUGUGGCCGAGGGCGCUGUGACCAUCCUGCCAAAGAGAGCCUCUAUCGAUGGGUUCGACCAGUACUUCACUUCAAGAUCGCUAGAAAACAACCGAAGAAACAUCUGGUUUGCAGAGUUCUGGGAGGACGACUUCAAGUGCAAGCUGACCCGCCCCGGCAUAAAGUAUGAACUUGGUAGAAGGAAAUGUACAGGUGAGGAGAGAAUUGCUCAGCACUCUCAGUACGAACAGGAGGGCAAGGUGCAGUUUGUGAUUGACGCGGUGUACGCCAUGGCCUACGCCUUACACAGCAUGCACAUGGACCUGUGCCCCGGAUACAUGGGCGUCUGCGACAAGAUGGACCCUGUGGAGGGACGGGAUCUGCUCCAUUACAUCCGCGCUGUCAACUUCAAUGCCUAG